AUGAGCAAGUUGUUUAACGGACAAAAUGAGGUCAGGUGCAGACCUGUGGAGUUUUUAGGGGAGCAAAUAUUAGAGCAGAUUGAGACUGGGACAUACAAGCCAUUUGGAAAACAUCCAAAUAACAGGAAAAGACAAAGGGACGAAAAUCCAGUGUUCAAUUGGACAAAAAGAAGCAUUAUGUUUGAGUUGCCUUACUGGAAGACGCUUAAGCUUCGACACAACCUUGAUGUCAUGUACAUAGAGAAGAACAUUUGUGACAAUUUGAUGGGGACACUAUUAAAUGUUGAUGGGAAGAACAAGGACACAGAAAAAGCAUGGAUUGAUUUGGAAAAUUUAAAAAUUAGGAAGGAGUUACACCUACAGAGGCGUGGAGAUGGGUCAUUUGUGAUGCCGCCAGCUGUGUACACAUUAUCCACAAAAGAAAGACAAGGCUUUUGUGCUUUUUUGAAAUCAAUCAAGUAUCCUGACGGUUAUGCAGCAAACAUCUCCAAUUGCGUGAAUGUUGAUAUUGGCAAAAUCUCAGUCCUCAAAAGUCAUGAUUGUCAUGUGCUUGUACAACGACUACUUCCGGUUGGGAUGCGUGGGUAUCUUAACAAUGCAAUUGGUGCAACUCUUUUUGAGUUAGGAAAUUUCUUUCAACAAUUGUGUUCAAAGACGUUGAAGGUGACAGAUUUAGAGAAACUACAGGAUCAAAGCGUACUCGUACUUUGCAAGCUUGAGAAGAUUUUCCCUCCAGCUUUCUUUGAUGUCAUGGUUCACUUGGUUGUUCAUUUGCCGUGCGAGGCUAUACUUGGAGGGCCAGUGCUACUUGGAAUUCUAAAAGGAUUUGCUGCCAAUAAAGCUCAUCCUGAAGGUUCAAUUGCGGAGGCAUACAUUUCCAAAGAGUGUACAACUUUCAGCUCAAUUCAUCUUGAUGGAAUUGAAACAGUGUUUAAUCGAGAAGAAAGGAAUGAUGACGGUGGUGACCACGGCUCAAGGUUAGCCUUCUUCUCUCAAAACGUUCGUCCAUUUGGUCUAAUCAGUAGGGCACCAGAUGUGUCUGUCAACGAACGAGAGAUUGCUCACUGGUUUGUCUUGUACAAUAGCUUUGAAGUGGAGCAGUACGUAGAGGAACACAAGAACAUUUUGCAAAAUGGAAGUACAUGUGACACCACAAAGAGGCAACGAGAUGAAUUUCCUAAGUGGUUCAAAGAACGUACAAAUCAGUUACGAAAUCAAGGGUCGCCGGAAGCAACUGAUGAAUUGUGGUCGUUGGCGAACGGUCCUAGUGCAAUAGUCAACACAUAUUCGGGAUGUGUUUCUAAUGGUGUUCAAUUUCAUACCAUUGACCGUGAUAACCGUCGUAAAACUCAAAACAAUGGGUUGGUUGUAGAAGGGGAGCAUGAGGGUCGUUCAAUGCAUUUCUACCGUUACUUGAGCAAAGUGUGGGAAAUGACAUAUUUGUUUAGACAUCAAGUUCUUUUGUAUAAAUGUGAAUGGUAUAACACCGGUAGCAAGAAGACUUGUCUCAUGGAUACACAUGACCCCUUCAUAUUCUCAACUCAAGUAGAACAUGUAUUCUACGUUAAUGAUACCAACUUAGGUGGGAAUUGGAAAGUUGUAGAAUGAUUCCACCAUCGAGGAAUCUGGAAUGUGCCAAAGAUGGAUGGUGUACCUGAUGAUGUUCUCAAUAGUGUGUUCCAACAAGACGAAACCACCGAGGUUGUAACAAUUGUGGACAACAAUGGUAUGCAAUUUGAAGACGGUGGCGAUGAAAGGGUUUUGUGUAGAGAUGAUAUUGAAUGUGAAAUUAUUCCAAAUACAAUGGUUUUCCAAUCUCGUAGUCAAACACAAGUCGAGGGUGUUGAUGAUGCUUUCAUUUGUGAUAGCGAUGCAGAUGACUUCGUUGAGGAUGAUGAUGAUCAAGAAGAAGACGAAUUUGACAUUGUUUAACUAUUUAAAGCAUGACGUAGAACCUUCAUGUAUUUAUUUAGUACACACUGAUUGUGGAGAUACUACCAUAGUUUUUGUUAUCUAUGUCGUCAA